ACUCUGCGGCUGCAUGCUUUAUGUCUGGCUGUUAUGUUAGAGGGAGAUUGCACUGAGCUUUUAGAGUCAAGGUAUUUGGUUUAUGCAUGACAGUUCUGACUUCUGCUAUGUGUUAGGCAAUCCAGACAGUUACAUUAGAAAGCCGAGCCUCUUCACAACAGCUGUUCUGCACAGAAACAGCAUGAAAGCAUAGACACAGACUUCAAAACAGGACAGCUCAACAGUAGACAUGGACUUUCCAAAGCAUUCCAUUCUGCAGGCUUUCUGUGUGAUGCUCUUGGCAUGGAUGUUGGUGCGUUGCCAGACCCCUAUCGAGCCCGAGGAAGAAGAGGAGGAAGAGGUGGUAAAGGAGGCUGACAAUGCAACGCUGGCAACAACUGAAUGUCCAUCGGAAUGCAGCUGCACAGCAGACGGAUCAGUGGACUGUGCUGGAGUUGACCUUACAGAGUUCCCAGAAGAACUGCCUGAUAAGAUCCGCCGUCUUUCUCUGCAGAACAACAAAAUCAAGGAAAUAACAGUGGAGCACAUUUCCCAUCUGCAUCAGCUCGAGACGCUCAACCUCCAGAACAACUGGCUUACCACAGAGGGCCUUGAAGAUGAAGGUUUUGAGAUGCUCGAAGAGCUGGCUUAUUUAUACCUGGCAAACAACAAGCUCACCUCUGCACCGAGAGUCCUGCCAUCAUCUUUGGUCAGUGCUGAUUUUGCUGCUAAUCAGCUUUCAAGAAUCUACCCAUACACAUUUGGUCAUAAACCAAAACUGAGGUCUGUGUAUCUCCAUAACAACAAGCUGACAGAUGAGGGACUUCCUGAUCACAUGUUCAAUGCUUCUGACACUCUGGAGAUCCUCACCAUUUCCAGUAACUUUCUGAGGGUUGUUCCCAACAAUCUGCCAUCCAGUCUUCUCCGCCUUCAUCUGAAGAGUAACAGGGUGGAGAAAAUCCCAAAAGGGGCCUUUGAGGAUUUGCGAAACCUUAGAGAACUUUAUCUCCAGAACAACCUUCUCACCAAUGAUGGGAUUGACAAUGAGACUUUCAGCCAACUGAGCAGCCUUGAGUAUCUUGAUUUGUCAAAUAACAACCUGAGCGUUGUCCCCAAGGGUUUGCCUCGCAACAUAGUGCUGCUGCACCUGGAGAAGAACACCAUCCGCAGCAUCCCUGGAGAUGCUCUCACCUCUGUACGCAACCUUGAAUACCUGCUUCUCCACAAUAACAAGCUGCGCUCCCGCUCUAUUCACCCAAUGGCCUUCCAGGGCUUGAAGAAGCUGCACACUCUUCAUUUGUACAAUAAUUUGCUGGAACGAGUUCCCAGGGGCCUACCUCGACGAGCUAAGACCCUCAUGCUACUCCACAACUUGAUUUCUGAAAUUGGCCGCAAUGACCUGUCCUUGCUGUAUACGCUAACGGAGCUAAAUCUGAGCUACAACAAACUGACCAACCCCAAUAUUCACCGUGAUGCUUUCAGAAAGUUGCGUAUACUGGAAACUCUGGACCUAUCUGGGAAUGCUCUUCAUUCAGUGCCCCUAGGUCUUCCUCAUAGCCUGCAGGUUCUAGAAAUCAAGAACAACCAGCUCAGUUUGAUACCAGAUGGAGCCCUGACAGGAAUGCAGAAGCUGCAAAAGUUGAUCCUGAGUGACAACAAAUUAAAGCUCAACUCAGUCUACCAAGGAGCCUGGAUGGAGCUAAGUGCGCUCACAACACUAGACCUUUCUGGAAACCAGCUAACACACAUUCCAUCUGACCUUCCUGAGUCUCUGGAGUACCUUUUCCUGCAAAGCAACCGAAUCUCCACUGUUCCAGCUUCGGCUUUUGAAGGCACACCAAACAUUAAAGGCAUCUUUCUUCGGUUUAACCGGCUGUCUGUGGACUCCAUAGAUGAGAGCUCUUUUGCUCACCUCAUCAACUUGCAAGUGCUGGACUUUGGGACAGGAAACACAGAACUGUCCUUAAAAACAGAUGAGAAGGAAGGUGGGGAGACGAUGGAGCAGGAAACAUAGAUUAAAGCACUGCACAUUACAGAGGACAGAACAGACUUUCUAAAGGGACUGAACCUGUGAAGGAUUUUUCUUUUCUAAUAUCUUACAUCAUUUUCAGAUGCAGAGCCACAUUUAUCUGGUGCAGGAUACCAGACAAAAUUUCAUUUUGUGGAACCGUUGGUAUUGCAAAUGUUUAAAUUGAAACUUUAAAAUUUUGUUUUGAUUGUUCAUAUGCAAUCUGUGUUUUUUGUUCUUAAACAAACAGAAAAACAAACAAACCAUAAAGUCUCAAAAGCCAAAUGCAGAUUCUCCUACAAACAUGUCUGAAUCAGCACCAACCAUGGGGGGAGCAUGACAAAGGACAAAGUCACUUCCUGCUUUCCUAUUGAUCUUUAAACCAUUCUGAAAAGGGCUGCCCUGUCCGCCAUUUUACCAAUGCAAUCUCCUAGGAUUUGUUUAAACAAAUAAUGGAAGCCAAGCACUCAUUCUGACACUGAAACCACAGAAACCACGGUAACAGUUGAAGCAAACAGAAGUUCGGGACAUAGAGUCAUGUUUUUGUUCUUGGAUGUUUUACAUAACUUAUUACAGACUAACACAGGCUCAAAAGCAUUUGGUUGUCAUGUUGUUAUUCUGCAAUUUAUAAAAAUGUUUAAGAGGUUAGAUGAUGUUAAAUUUUAUGAAGACAGAUUUUCCAUAAACUAUCAAGCAAGAUUUUUAGUGGUUCAGUAGUAGCUUUUCUUUGUAUGUACAAACUUUAUACAUUCUGCCAGGAUUUUUCUUUCUUGGAAGAAAUACUAAGUUCUGGUGUCUGGUUCAAUUUCUCCCUUUUAAAGUUUGUGUGAUCAGUAGGUGGAACAUAUUCUCAAUAAGUUUCAGUCCAUGGUUCCAAUCUCUUACUUUUAAGCCAGCACGUGUGUUUUGCUGGAAGUUGCAAAUUAGGGAUGUUACAAUACACAUAAAUCAUGGUUUGGCAGGAACCUCUGUUUUGGAGUCACAGUCUGAUAUGGAUUUGGUAGCAAAGGAAAAAUAAAACCAAACCCAAAUGCAAGAUUUCAUUUCACUUAUUUAAAACAGAAACAAACCUUCACAAAUACAGAGAGAGAAAAAAACAACACACCUCUUGCUACUUCUAAGGUGGCUGGUUAUGUGCAACAAGGAAGGAUGUUUUGUUCACUGUAACAUUAUAACCAUUUCAACAGAUGUCAACCAAACUGAUGUAAACAGUACCCUACAGGCUCUCUCAAACAAAACAUUUGAUUAAGUUCAAAACUGAAUGGUAUCUCUUUUCUUUUAAGAAAUAGUACAAAAUAAUUUAUGACAAGUAUUUUUUUGAGGUUAAGCUAACCUUAUCCUAGUACCAAAUAAAAAGCCAUAUGGAACUGAAUAGCUUCUCCUAGUCUGAAAAUAUUUUCAAGUAGCCCAUUAAAAACAAGCAAAAGGGUUCCUGGUUGUCGAUAAUAAUAAUUAUGAGUCACUCAUGCACUGCUAUGGUGGAGAGUUGUUUCUAAACUAUCUCCAUCUGGUAACUGAUGCAAAACAAUCAAAACUGUGCACAUCCUCUUCUGGAUGACAGUGGUAAUCGCCUUUGAGAGACGCAUUCUUCAGCAUACCAGAAGCCUUUAUUAGAGUUUGUAAUUUCCCUCCAAAGAUCCUCAACACAUAGUAAAAAUGAUCAAAUGUCACAAUAAAGAUUUUACCAGGGAAUACAUUUCUUAUUGGAUUAAAGAUUCUGUUUCAGCACUGAUCUGAAGUCAGAAAGUGCUCUUGUGUGUCACACUAGAUGCAGUCCAGUGACUCAUGUCUUAGUAGGUCAAUGCUUAAUAGUCAUCAAUAAUAAACUCUGCAUGUUAUUAUUAUUCCUAUCAUUAUGUUGUCAUAUUAGUUCAUGGCGCUGCUGCUCCUUUAUGCCCCAGCCACUGAGUUAUUAAAUAUGUUCAAUCAAAUUAAAAUGCUUAUCCUAUAACCUUCACUAUGUUGCUAUGAACAGUGUCAUUUUAACAUAUAGGAGCAUUGUAUUGUCACAUAAAGUGUUACAUUCACUCAAAGAAAGCAAUAAAUUAUUAAAAAAUAUAAAAA